UGUCAAGUGUCAGUUCCAGUGUCCAAUUCAAGAUUUGGAUUUGAUGUCUGUGUGUCAGAGUAGUUUGUUUUGUGCCGUGAGUUAGACCCACAAGUGUGUUAUAGUUCUUACCGUAUUUUAUGAAACAAUCUUUUUGGAUAAUUUAUCUAAUUGGACCAAUCCAAUACUGACGUCUACGAAGCUUAUUAUGAAUUAAACCUCUCUAUUUAACGUCAUAAUUUAGCCACUUUUCAAGUUUAUCAACUAUUGUUGUUUACUAGAAGUAAACAUUUGUGAAAAUAACUUUAGUCUGCGAGUAUGUUUUGAAUGGUACAGUUUGUGUAAUUUUAUUUAAAAAUGAAACAUUUGUCAAGCAAACCUAUGCCCUCAGAACCCGAGGAAUGUGUUAUAUUUCAGCAGUUAGAUUUGUUUUCAAAUGGAUUUCCUGUAAUGGAAGAAAUUAGAAGACAUGGAAAAUUGUGUGAUGUUACUUUGAAGGUAGAGGACCAGUCCUUCAGUGGACAUCGGAUCGUGCUAGCCGCCACCAUUCCGUACUUCCAUGCCAUGUUCACCCAUGACAUGGUGGAGAGCAAGCAGAGAGAUAUCACCAUUCAUGGCAUUGAUGCUGUAGCGCUGGAAGCCCUUGUGAACUUUGCAUACAGCGGGCGAGUUACCAUUAAUACAUCAAAUGUCCAGAGCCUCAUGGUGGGUGCUUCGUUUCUUUCGUUACCUAAAGUGAGAAAUGCCUGUGCCGAAUUCCUUAAAAAACGGUUUCACCCGCAGAACGUUUUGGGUAUCAGACAGUUCGCAGACACACUAGGAUGUGUGGUACUGGUGGAGGCAGCUGACAAGUAUGUGCAGCAAUACUUCCACGAUGUUAGUCUCUGUGAGGAGUACCUGUCUCUCAGUUCAGCAGAACUGUUGGAUAUUGUCAAGCGGGAUGAGCUUCACGUGAUAUCCGAGGAACAGGUUUUUGAGGCAAUAAUGCGAUGGGUGAAGAAGGAUCCGGAGCUGCGAAGCAAGGAUCUACCACAGCUGUUGGCAGCAGUGAGACUGCCCCUUUUGAGACCCCACUAUCUGGCAGACAGUGUGGCCACAGAGGAGCUGGUCCGUACCUCUCAUGAGUGCAGGGAUUUACUGGACGAGGCAAAGGACUAUCAUCUAAUGCCAGAGAGACGUCCAUUGUUGCAGAGUUUUCGCACCCGUCCUCGGUGUUGUAACUACAUCAUGGGUCACAUCUUCGCAGUUGGGGGCUUAACGAAGAAUGGUGACUCUCUGUCGACUGUGGAGGUGUUUGACCCGAUAGUCGGGCGUUGGCAGAUGGCAGAGGCCAUGUCAAUGUUGCGCAGUCGCGUGGGAGUUGCUGUCAUGAAGAAUCGACUCUACGCCUUUGGUGGGUACAAUGGCUCCGAACGUCUCUCCACUGUUGAAGUGUUUGAUCCUGACAAACGUGUUUGGAGACAGGUGUCACCAAUGAACUGCAAGAGAAGUGCGGUUGGUGCUGCUGCUCUCAACGACCGACUAUAUGUCUGCGGCGGCUACGAUGGAGUGUCUUCUCUUAACACUGUGGAAUGCUACCAGCCUGAGACUGAUACUUGGACCACUAUUACUUCUAUGCAGAAGCACAGAAGUGCUGGUGGUGUCAUUGGCUUCGAGGGUUAUGUCUACGCACUGGGAGGCCAUGAUGGUCUCUCCAUCUUUGAUUCAGUGGAACGCUAUGACCCUAGCAAGGGCACGUGGACGGCUGUCACCCCCAUGUUAACCAAGCGCUGCAGACUGGGAGUGGCCACACUCAAUGACAAGCUGUAUGUCUGCGGCGGUUACGACGGCGCCACCUUCCUGCAGUCGGUGGAGAUGUAUGAUCCUGUAGUCGACAAAUGGAAGUUUGUAGCAGCAAUGAACGUAAUGCGUAGCAGAGUGGCUCUGGUAGCCAACAUGGGCAAACUGUGGGCCAUCGGCGGUUACGAUGGUGUGUCCAACCUGUCCACAGUGGAGGCCUACGAUCCCACAACGGACUCAUGGUCAUUUGUGGCAGCUAUGUGUGCCCAUGAGGGGGGAGUAGGGGUGGGUGUCAUACCCAUCUGUGGCUCCUUUGACUAGACAGUGUCUUGUCAGGCAUUUGGCUCUGUGCUUCUGUUCAUACUCAGGAUCUUCUACGAGAGUGUUAAUAUCAUUGUCUUUGUAUUGGUAAUUAAUGUAUCUCUUUUUAAUAACAUUUUUUAAAACUAAUUUAAUAAAAAUGCAGCAAAAUGUUCAAUCUUCAUGUAGAUCUUUAUUAACUCUUUGGGAUCGGCCAGGACAGUGUUUAUCCCACUAGUAGUGAGUGGUUAUGUUGUGUGCGAGACAGUGCCUGUCCCGGGAUACUAGAGUAGCCGAUUAGCACACGGGACACCUCUUGUCCCGCACCGAAACGUUUUGUUCUCUAUUUACUUUUUCAACAGCCAAUCACUUUUUUUAUUUCAAAUCCUCAUCAUUUGCUUGGUUUUCUAAAAAUCAGUUAUCUUUUCUAACAAAAAUAAUUAAAAAUUCAAAUUUUUUGGUUUACAGAAAUCAUUUGGUGCACUGUUUUUUGUUUUGUUUCUAUAUAACUUAAAUAAUUACUAAAACUCAUCUGACACUGACCCAUCCAACACACCCUUCCCCCAUCCCACUCCCCUAAUGUAUCUCCAUCAGUGUGGAGCUGCAGCCGGCCGGCGAUCAUGUCAAGUUUAGGUAACACCCAAUCAGAAUGCAUUGCAACAGGCAUUCUAAAAUAGCCUUAUUUUAUUCAGUGAAACUAUAAAUAAAUGUUAUUAUCGAGAAGCGUAUACGGGAGACAUUAUAAGCGGGUUCCAUAGUAAUUUAGUUUUCUAGCAGAAAACAUCAACUUAAAACCUAUAAAAUAAGUAAGCUUGAGGUAUUUAAUUGGAACAAUGCGCAGAACAUGAGAUUUAUGUAUAAUCUAGCCGGCCAAUCAGAUCUGUACAGCACCACUAUUCAUGGGCGGCCCGUGUCAAACACUGCCGAUGCCAAAGGGUUAACAAUGCAUAUUUUUGUUAGAUUUAUUAUUUAUUAUGUUUUAUUUGAUUUUUCUUGUUUGGAAGGUGUGGAUAUUAUUUAAUUAUAAUUGACACCGAUGUCAAGCUGCAUGUCUCUUCAGCAAUUGAAAGAUCACUUGUUCCAGAGACCUCUUGAUAUGUGUGUGUGUGUGUUCUUAAAGUUCACAUUGUAAAGUAAAUUCAAUUUUUUAGAUCAACUAAUUGUUAUAUUAUAACAAAAUAAAUUUAAAAAAGGCUUUCAAAUAACAUUUCUAAAAUGUUCAUUGUACGUUUUUUUUAAUUAAAGUAUACUCUAAAAUCAAUUAGUAUGUAAAUAUUUAUUUUGUUCAACAUACAUUUUAUUGCUUGUAUAAACAAAAAUUCACAAGGUUAUGUUAUAAAUCUGAAAUAUUAUAAUAUUAUUUUAUUAUCUGUAUGUUUAUCACAUAGCUAGCCAAAUGCCAAUAUCAGUCAACAUAUUGUCUACUUUGUGAUCAGUUUUGUUUUACAAAAUACUUUUAUUACUGAAGCAGCAAUAAUCAACCACUUGUUGUAUUGUUCGGUCUUUCAGAGAGGAAUCAUAUUUUUUAAAUGUAAUUGUAUAUAGUGAGGUCAAAGGUUGGUGUUAGUGAUAGUUUCAUAAUUUAGAUCUGUAAUUUUGAUCUUAUUUGUCACUUACUUGAAAUUUAAUAACGUACUUAGUCAUGACAAUGAUCUGAUUAAAAUUUAAGAGGCAAGGACUAGACAACAUGUAUAAAUUAGUAAGAAUAACAUUAACAUGGUUCUUUGCUUUGUUCUCUUUGAUAUUUUGUUCAAGUAUUCUUCUUUAAUUAAAUUUCUCACAUUUUUUAAGAUCUAACAUAGUUUUAUGAGUAUUUUUAAUGAUGGUACAAAAUAAAUUGUAAGAAAACUAAGCAAUGUUCUCUGUUCCAUUGGGUAUGAAUGGAAAGUACCACUAAGUUUCUGAUGUCUAGGGAAUGUGACUUCUUGUAUGCUUGGCAGUUGGUAGUGAUUUGGACAUUGGUUCCCAGAUGUUGUCUUUAAAAUUAUAUUAUUUACAAACUCAGCACUUUGAACUAUUCAUAGAGCUAAAUUAUACUUCCUUUUGAUAGCAGAAAUAUUUGGCGCUUGUUGAUUAAACAAGUUUAAUUGAAAUUACAUGGAUGGAUUUUUUAUUCUCUGUAUUUAAGUUAUAAACAAAUAAAACAUUUACAUUAAAGAAAUUUUCAAUUCAGCUUGAAAACAUUAUUUGCAUGCUAAAUUUAUAUGCAGUUUCAAUAAGUUCUUCAGAGAUAUUGAAAGGAUAUAGUACAAAACAUAUCAUUACAAACCUGGCCGUUUAGCUUUAUUUUAUUAAUAAUGUAAAAAGAUCUGAAUUAAUAAUUAAAUUGAUUACACUCACACAAAGUUGAAUCAUAUCUCUUCUUGGCUUAAGGGAAUGAAAAAGUACAUUUUCCACACCCAGGCUUGCACCUCGCACUAUAACAGGAUUGCAGAUAUUCACAGUUGUUAUAUGUUACAAAAAUAUUAUAACACAUUUAAGGAUUUAAAUCCUUAAAUGUAAAAAAUUCUAAGACAUAAAGUUAAGCACAUACUAAAAAUUAAAAAAAAUCAAAGUGUUAAAAAGAUUUAAAAAAUAAAAAUAAUUAACUCACUGUCAAACUUAAGUUGUAAUAAAAGAAAAUCAAGCAUAUACCUAUAUGUUCAGACUGAGACUGAAUCCAAACAAUAUCACUGUGCACUACACAACUGCAUGUUGCAUGCACUAGAGACAUGUGAGUCUGUGUGUGUGUGUGUACAUGCGGGUGUGCAACAUGUAGUUUGGUAGUGUACUAGUUCUGUGCAGUGACAUUGUAUGAACUCAAUCUCACAGGUCUGUUUUUGACAUAUAACUUUUUGUGCGUUUCAAAUCAACCAUUGCCAAUAAUAAACUUAAUCAAAGGUAUUGUGGUAGAUACAUGGGAGCAUAAACAAGUCAGUCACUCAGAAAUUAAAAAAAAAAAAAAAAAAUGGGUGAUAAGCAAAUGUCAUGGUCAAGUGAUGGAUCAUCUGAUGAGGGAUAUUAAACUGCUAAUAAAGACUUGCUCGGAUGGGAUUUAUAAAAGUAUGUUUAAACUACCAGAGGUAUAAUCCCUCAUGAUAAUAUGAGGGCUAUCAAGAAAGUAGAUUAUGUUUCAUACUGUAGCCGCUAGGGGCGGACUAUCGCAGCCAUUUUGAUGUCAGGGAGUUUCUCCAUUGAGUGACUAUCCAGCCAUGCUAGUGAGAGGUUACUGUCACCCUUUUUGUUUUACAAUAGCAGUUUAAAAUGUGUGAUGCUAUCGAAAAUCCUGGUAGUUGUGAAGUACGGUUGUUUAAUACGGUGUUUGUUGGCUAAGCACAAUAAACUGAUUGAGAUUUAUCGCCAACUCUGUGAAGUUUAUGGAAAAAAUGUGAUUACUGAAAGUUGAGUGCAUUAGGUAUAAAAAUGGCUGAACUUGUUGUAAAUAAAUAGUCAGAGGAUUAAUAAUCAAGUUAAUGUUUAUUAAUUAGCAAAUAUAUACACAUUAAGCACACCGACAAUGUAACACGUUGAAGACGUACGGAAAAGAAUAAUACAUAUUUAGCUAUAGCAGCUGUUGUAAAAGUUGGUGCAAGCGCACGUUGAUUUUUUUGCUGUCGUAGUGUGUGUCUGUGUGAACCACCAAUACACGCGGGUAUUGUCAAUUAUUUAUAACAGAACUAAUGUGCAUGAUGACGAACGAAGUGGACGGCCAAGCAUUGUGACCAAUUAAAUUGUCUCUAAAUUCUAUGAGAAGAUAAAAGAAGACGACCGAUUUACAAUAACAGAACUGUCACAUAGUUUUCCUCAAAUUUCAAGGAGUUUUUACAAAUUUCAAGGAAAUUGUUAUGCAGAAGUUAGGAUCACAGGAGACGGUACUUGAGUAAAACACGUGAAUUGGGAAACCAAAUUACAGCCUAUUGAGUAGUGAUGAUGACGUGGAUCCGCGGGAGGGUGUGACUACCUGGUUGAAAUCUCAGGCGGCAGAAUUUCAUAACGCUGCAAUUUCAAAACUAAUUCACCGCUAUGAUGUGCCUAAAUUUUUAUGGUGACUAUGUUGAAAAAUAGUAUUUUAGUGUCACUUUCAAAUUUAUAUAAUACAAUUUUUUUAAUGUACUUUGUUUAUAUCAAAACGUAAUCUACUUACUGGAUAGUCCUCGUAUUAUUAUAUUUACAAUGUGUACAAAUAAAUUUACAUCGAUUCACAAAAUUUAAGCUUUACAAUUCUUUUAUUUGUAAAUAUCAAUUAAGGAACGCUUAGCAAAUCCAAUUAUUUGUAUAUAAAAAAUGUUUUAUAUAUUAUGUAAACUCAAUUCUAUGGCUGUUUUUUAGCAUUUAAGAUUACUAAGACUACAUUUGUUCGUUGUUGCAUUUAUCUGUACAAAAAUCACUUUCUGUUCCUUUUUAAAGAUCUGUCUUAACAAAAUCAUGUUAAAUGAACUGCAUUAGAUUUGAUUCACAUCAAGUUUGGCAUUUUGAGAACUGUCUUAUCAAACCAAGGUGUAGUAUGUAUAAUGUUUAUUCGAUUUUUGAAUAUUUGUAACAUAUGGUAGAGAGUCAACUACUGAAAUCAAUAGGGAUCUAGGUGUAUAAACUGUAUGGAUAUUAAAAAUGUUUUAUCCAUAUAUUCAACUAAAUUGCUAGGAAAAACUCUAUUAUUACAUAAUUAGACAUCAGUUAAUAAAAGGUUGAACGAGUUGAAAAAUGAAGUAAAUAAUUAUUCUUAAUUGACAGGAUUUUUCAAUAUAAAUUUAUAAUUUUUAUUGUUGCUGUACUUAUUUUGAUUAUGUAUGAGUCAGUAUUUUUUCAAUGAUAUUUUAUUAGUAAUAAAUAUGCACCAAGAACAUUUUUAUUGCAUUUAGAAUAUUUUCAAAAUACACAUAAUUCAUAAGAAAGUAACAACUACAUUUGAAAUUGAUAAAAUGUGUGUACAUAAAAUUGUGUACAUGUUAUAAAGUGUUAUAAUAUGAAAUAUUAAUAAUUUAAUAUAAUGAGGAUGAGAGCUGGGUUUUAAUAAUACAGAUUGGACAUUGAUAUGGUAGGAAUAGUUGGCUUAUCUUUACCAAAUUGGAAGAUUGAGCUUUUCUUCUUAAAAUAGAAACACUAGCUUAGAACUUGAGUCAUUUAAAAAUAUAUAUAAACAGAUAAAAAAUAGUAAUUUUCCCCUUCCAUCAGUACUAAAUUCAUCAAUUUCUUCAUCUCCCUCUCUAUUUUCUCCUUUUUUAUAAUCUUCUUUACCCAUUUCGUCACUGUUUUGGCUCACCCUAUCUACCUAGCUGUGUCUCUUCACUGGCUAUGACCACUUUAACAGGACAAUAAUAUUUGUUCCAAUGUAGUGUUUAUGUGUCGGGAGAGGAGGCUUGACCUUCCAACGUCAAGUCUCCUCUUCAUAACCCCCUUCCAAUCUAUUUAAUUUAAAGUUGCAUUAA